GGCUGCUGUUGGGUCGAGAGUCGAGAGAGGAGAGAGUCGAUUAAUUCAAUUAUUUGCAACGGCAAAUACGACAAGUAGUUUACUUUAAAAGAGUGUAAAAUUUAACAAUUCUACAUUUUAAAGUUAUUUUUUAUAUUUGUAUUUAAAUCGGAUCUUUCAUAAAUUAAUAAAUAACACAAAUUACAAAAACAUGAACAACGCCAGAGUUAUCUGUUUGCUUUUAUGUGAAUUCAUACACAAAAUAGUUCAUCCUCAGUAAAACGAAUGUCUGAACUAAUUUUAGGCUUCAUUUAAGUGCUAGCACGAUGAAAACGCGCAAUAAAACAAUGCCAAAGCCGAAGACAACAAAGACGAAAUCGUCGCGCGGACUGCGCCUUCAACAGCAACCUGAAGAGGAGCCUUUGGUAGUCCCUAAGGUAAUCAGACAGUAUACAAGAAAGAAAAAGGUGGAAUCUGCAGAAUCAGUAAAUAAACUUGCAAGUACAACCUAUAUAAAUGUUGCUGCCGCAUUAUCGGAACAAAAUGAUUCCAUAUGUCUAGUCAAUAAUCAUGUUAAAAUUAAAGAAGAAAUCUUGGAGAGAUUUCAUGAUAUUGAAAUUGAAAAUCAUGUUAAAACUGAAGAACGGUCUGUGUCACAGAAUGAAGUCAGAACAGAGGGUAAUUAUGUUGAAAUUAAAGAAGAAAAUAUAAUUCCAAAUGCAAAUUAUAAUUCAGACCAAAAUUGUAAAUAUGGUAAAGCAAAUAAACAUGUGAAAAUUAAAGAAAAUGUAGCUGGACAUAAAGGCACUUUAAUUGACAUUAAUUUACACCAAAUUAAUGUAAACAGAAACAGCGAAACUAUUAAAGUUAAAGAAGAAAGUGUUGAUAAAGCCUCCAUGAUUUCCAAUCUAAGUAAAACAGUGCAAGAUACUGCGAAAACCACUAUUAAAAUAGAACCAAAAGAUGAUUCACAGUAUAUGAACUUAGAUCAAAAACACACAGAAGGGUACCCCACUGAUUGUUUACAAUCUGAAGAGGACAUAGCUGUGAAAAUAAAACCAAAGGCUGAAAAAAUAAAUUGCAAUAAUGUAAAUAGCAAAAUGGACCACAGGUAUAGUGAAAAAAAGGACAUGCAGCGCCAGAACUGUCCAGAACUUGCUCCCAUACUUAAACUGCAGCAGACAUUGAAAAUUGCGAAUGUUCAGGCUCCACAAAGAAAAAUACUGAUCACUGAAGAAAUUCAUAUUAAAGAAGAGGCAAUUAGCGACACUGAAGGUUGUGUUGAGGUGAAAGAUAAGACUCCAGUAACUACCAGCAGCGUUGAAGUAAAAGAUAAGACUCCAAUAACUGCUAGCAGCAUUGAAUUAAAAGACAAGAUUCCAGUAGCUAUUAGCAUCAUUGAAGUAAAAGAUAAGACUCUAUUAACUACCAGCAGCGUUGAAGUCAAAGAUAAGACUCCAAUAACUGCUAGCAGCAUCGAAGUAAAAGAUAAGACUCCAGUAACUACCAGCAGCGUUGAAGUCAAAGAUAAGACUCCAAUAACUGCUAGCAGCAUCGAAGUAAAAGACAAUACUCUAGUAGCUACUAGCAGCACUGAAGUAAAAGCUAAAUCUCCGGUAGUAAUAAAGAAAAACCCUUUACCGGAAAAUAUAAAAAUAAGAAGAAUUAUAAAUAUGCCUAAAAUUUUGAGAACAUAUGGGAGGAAACAACCAGAUCCAGUUGCAAUGAAGAAAUGUUUUCUUCUCUCUGUUAGCACCCCACCAGCAAAGUACCUGAAAAUCGUCUCCCAGAAAUCGCCAAAGAUCAAAGCACAACCACCCAAUCUGAAAUUGAUUUGUGACAUGUGCGGAAAUAAGUUCAGCAGCAAAGCCAGCAUGAGCGCCCACAUGCGGUUCUCGCACGGCGUGGCCAUGAAGCACUCGUGCGCGCAGUGCGCGGCCAGCUUCCCGCACCACUACCUGCUGCUGGCGCACCGCCGCCUGCACGCCGCGCGGCCGCUCCGCUGCGACCUGUGCCCCAAGGCCUUCCGCUCCAAGGACAAGUACGGGGAACAUCUCAACACGCACCUCCGCGAGCGGCUCUUCCCGUGCCCCGUGUGUCUCCAGCGCUUCCCGGUGCUAGUGCAUUUACAGAGGCACGCCGAGAAGCAUACGCAGGAAGAUACCUUCCCUUGCAAUAAAUGUGAGGAGACCUACCGCUCUCUUAUUGAUUUGAGGCGGCAUUCCGAGCGCGAUCAUGGGAUAACAGAAGAAUACCCCUGCUAUAUUUGUAGUCGGAUUAUCACCUCGAGUGCUGACUUUCUUACUCAUGUAAGAACGCAUGAUAACGCGUUCCAUGCGUGCGCUUUCUGUCCCAGUAAAUUCACCGACGCGCAAAAAUGGGAGGAGCACUCUGUUGAACAUAUCGAGAAGAUAGGUAGAGGCGAGGUAAUUGAAAGACCUUACAACUGCGAAUACUGUAAAAAAUCCUUUGAAUACCGAAGCGUUCUGAAAACACAUAUCCGAAUGCAUACUGGGGAGCGACCAUAUGAGUGUCCGGAGUGUAAAAAAAAGUUGAAAACGCGUAGUGCAUUAACGGAGCAUAUUAACGGGCACAAGCGGCCUUAUCCAUGUCUAGAGUGUAAUCAUCGGUUUGGUAAGCGGAAUUCUUUGUCGAGACACAUGUUGCUACACACCGGGGAACGUCCCCACGUCUGUGCCAGCUGUUCGAUGACUUUCGUGCAACAUUUUUCGAUGAUGCAACACGUACGGCGGUUUCAUGAGCCCGGACUUAAACGGGUACCAAAAUAUAAGAAGAAAAAUUCGAAGAAAACGAAUAAAAAGAAGGAUUGAGGAAGGAGACUAACGAAUGAGAAUAUUGAUAAAAUAGAUAGUAAAAAUUAUGAGAGUGGUUAAUCAUUAUACACUCACUCACUCACACUCCGUUGGCUCAGCGACCCAAAAUGAGACUUUGCCUCCGACACAAGACAGCGCCACUUUUCUCGGUCCUGUGCGACCUCUCGCCAAUUGUCGACUCGAAGCUCGCGCAGAUCCGCCUCCACCAUGUCGCUCCAGCGAUACCUAGGGCGUCCGAUAGGACGUCUUCCUGCUAGGCGACCCAGGUACGCUCUUUUCACGUUCCGAUCUUCGUCCAUUCUCUCAAGGUGGCCUAACCAACGGAGUCUGUGGGCUUUACUUUCUCCCAUGAUGUUAGGUUCAGCCACUAGGUCUUCAAUCUCACGGUUCUAAAGGACUGUCCAACUUCCAUCCGGUCUUUGUUUGGGGCCCAAUAUUUUACGGAGGAUUUUCCUCUCGGCAACUAGCAGCAUGUUUUCUUCCUUGAGUGUUAGUGUCCAUGCUUCGCAUCCGUAGGUUAGGAUUGGGCGAAUAAGGUAUUUUUAUUUUAUAAUGUACAUAUAUCAUGUAAUUGUGCAAUGCUGUCAAUUAAAUUUUCUGUCUUCUGAGGCAAUCAUGAAUUAAAUUUAGCAUCCUAUGAAUUUUACAGAACGAGGCAGAAACGCAGCUACAGUUGGGAUGAAAUGUUUAUAUUAAGCUAUAGUUGAGUUCCUGUUGUGUAUUGCUGUCUAUCACUCACGAUAAGAUGAGUGUUACGUUAUUACGUCUAUAAACGGUAUUGUACAUCACGCUUAUUAUAAGCGGCUUAUACAUAAAUUGUAAUCAUGAAAUAAGUUAUUAAAUUUUACCUACAA